AUGGCAAAGCGCAGCAUGUCUCUCCUUCGGCAGUGGUCUUCCCGUGUUUUCUCAGUGGAGCUGGAUGCAAGAUCCGCGCCCUUCUACUUCGCAAUUCAAGAAAGUCAUCGCGGAGAAGAAGUGCCACGGUUGUUCAGAAAUGUGCAGAAGUAUGAAAGAUGCUACUCUGUCUUUGUGUGCAGCGGCGACAGAAUCCAGAGAGCCAAGUUUUACUGGGAGCUGAAAGACAAGCUUCAGAGAGCCUUGCCUCCGCAGUGUGAUUUUCUGCCCAUGUCUUCAUUUCUGCCAAAUGUCAAACACUCUCUUAUGAAGGGGUAUUUCGUGAAAGAUACGUCUGAGUGCUCCUCAUCGACCGAGCGAGUUUUGAGUGAUUUCAUUCAGAAUGACCCCGUGUUAGUGUGCUCGUACUUGAGAGGUGAAGACGGCCGCUUGUGGACUCAGCGGCUGCGCUCUCAUGCAGAGAGCCGAGAGGUGGGAAUGUCACAGGAGCACUAUGUGGUACCGUCUGAGGCGCCGGACUAUCACCCAUCAACUCUCAACCUCAUCAACUCUGAUGUUUUCUACAGUUUUGAGGAGGCCUAUAAAGUGCUUGAGAAGUGUGGUGACAUCAUCCCAGAGUCUACAGCUGUACUGGGGCUAGUGGGCCAGAGACCGCAGGCCAGACAUAAACCAGACUGCCCUGUUAUUGUCAUAGAAGGACUGGAUGCCACAGGUAAGACCACGCUGACCGAGUCUCUGAGGGACGCUCUCGGGGCCACUCUGCUACGGUCCCCUCCCCAGUGCCUGUCCCCCUGGAGGGCCCGUUUUGAUCAGGAGCCACCCCUCAUCCGCAGGGCCUUCUACGCUCUGGGGAACUACAUCACAGCAGAACAAAUAGGCCAGGAGGCCAUGCAGACACCUGUCAUCGUUGACAGAUUCUGGCACAGCACAGCAGCUUAUGCCAUUGCCACAGCAGUGAACGGUCCAGUCUGUAACCUUCCAUCAGAAGGUUCGGAGGUGUACUGCUGGCCUGGAGACCUGCUGCAGCCCAGCCUGGUGGUUCUGCUCACCCUGGACCCCGAGGAGAGGAGAAGGAGGCUGAGGGCCAGAGGUCAAGACAAGACUGAGGAGGAGCAAGAGCUGGACCACAACCAGAUUUUCAGACUCAGAGUGGAGGAGGCUUACCAGAGGAUCAGUGGGCCAGCCUGCGUCACAGUGGAUGCGAGUCCUUCUGCAGACCAAGUGCUCCAACAAGUGCUGCUUUUAAUUAGGGGCAAAUGCCACUUGUAAACAGUUCUCCAUCUCCCCCAGUGCAGCCAUGCAUCAGGUGGAUGCAAUACCUCUUGUGGCCACUGGGUGCCAGUAAUGUGUUUUGAAUGUGAUAGAAAGAAUGAUGGUGGCCAGAUUGGAGUGUGGUGAGCAGAUUCUGUUCACAAUGAGUAAAGGUUGAAUGGCCAGGGCCCAGAACCAUACUCUACAACCAGAAAUACAUAUUCAUGUACACACAUGCAUACACACAUGCACGCCGCAUGCUCUCAGGCACACAAACACACAUACACACAGAUGAACACACACCAGUAGUCACAGUAUGUCACAACAUGUCCAAUUCUGCCUGAAUAGCAUUGUCAAGAUACAAGAAGUGUGCAUAUAACUGCUAUUGUGACCUGUCAGAAGUUGCACUUAUAGACACAGUGGAGCUGCUCUCGCUGACAGCUGGUUAUAUGUGGACCGAAACAGAGGAAAUGGAUGGGAGGGUUUGUAUAUUCACCAAUCACUUUGAUUUCAUUUAAGCACAUGAACAGACAAAGUCCAAUUUGUUUUUCUUUUCUUUAGAAGUAUGCAGCAGGGCCACAGGAAUUAAAACAUGCAAAGACACCAAGGGAUCAAUUUUACAUUUUCAAAUAAAGCACUGUUCGAAUGUCAUCUCAAAUGAAAGGAAAUGUGAAUUAAAGUGAAUGGGUUGCAGCCUGUCCAUGGCUGAUUAUGUCUUACAUAAGCCUAUCAAAGAAGUGCGCUGUUCAAAAUGUAUGUACCAAUAUGGCUGUGCAUGUAUAGGUGAAUACGGACUUUAUGUAAACACGUGAUUUUUGAAUGUUACAAAAAGGGGUCCUUCAGUGAAUUGCAGACUGCAUGUACCUUUAGUUCAGCCGUUUAAUGUUGGAACUAUUGAUGCCACUUGUAUCGAUAAACUCUGUGGGACUUGUGGCCGAGCUAUAUAGUACAUUAAAACACACACAGUGCCAUUUGGUACAGUACAUGAUGUUCUCAUGAGCACAGGCACGCACAAGUGUGCACACACAGAUGUACACAUGCACACCUACUUAAGUAAACACACAAAAGCGCUCACACACACAAGCAUAUACACAUUUUCUUAGAGCAUAUACAGUAACUCAUUUAUAUAGGGAGGAAGUGUAUAUUUGGCCUGUGUGAUGGGAAGAUUAAUUGGGGGUUUUAGUAAUUAUGAGCUUGGCAAGGCUGUGGGCUGGAGAAGACAGAGUGACCCAUCUCUUUUACUGUGAUGCAUCAGCAGAGCACCAACCACUGCAGACCCUAUUCAUAUGGCAAUUAAUGGAGCGCUGUAUAUCAAUGUCAUUCCAAUGCUCCCCCACAUAAGCGCAUGGAUUACUCUGACUACCAAUUACAGCGAUCCAAUGUUUCACUGACUGGAGAGGUGCUGUGGAUGCAGAUCUUACUAUCACAUGUAAUCACAUAAACUAGAAUAAGGAAUCAUUACGUUUAUGGCAUAUGGAUCACGA